CCGCUUUGCGUGACAUUUAAAACCCCCCUUUCUUCUCCCGUGCUUGGAUUUCUCUUACCUGCCUUACCUUCAUCUCCAUCGAGUCAGCCAUAAGGACCAAAGUCAUCAACAAAUCCACAUUACCAAACACACUGAAUCUAUCAAGAAAACAAUCGACAAUGUCUUCAUCCGGAAAGGGAUACGACUACGUCAGCUCGGGGACUAAUAGUCAGGGCAACCACUACUGUGUCCGCGACUACGGGACUGGAAGCAACAGCAACGGCCAAGGAAGUGAUGCGUAUCAUUAUUCCAACGCAAACGGUUCCUACUACUAUUCCAACUCCAACGGGAGCACGUACUACAAUGAUGGCAAGGGAAGUGCGACUUAUACCCCACCUAGUGGGAAGAAAUGAAUUCUAUUGGAAUUCUUUCCCGAAAGGCGGAGUCAUAGCAGGACUUUUACCGGAGUUUGGAAUGUAGCUUUACAACGGGGAUUCCGCGGGACGGAUAGCUUCUUCAAGUUUGGAGACAAGAUGUUUGCAGACCCUGUUUGUAGACCAGACAAUUAGGCUAAAUUUCAAGACACUUGAAUCUCACAACGUGGAUCCCGAACAUGAAUUUGCUUGCUGUUAUGGAGACUUUCU